GAUUAGAAACGGCUAAGCAAUAACGCAAAGAUUCGGCUGACAAUGGGGAAGGGGUUCCCGUCGUACUUGGCGAUGAAGACGGGGCCGGAGGGCGGCGACGGCGCGGCGGCGGCGGCGCAGCAGGCGCUCAUCGACGCGGACCUGCGGAACCUCGGCGUCGCCGCGCGAAAGCUCGCCAACCACGCCUUCGUCCUCGGCGGCGGGUUGGGGUUCGGCACUUCCUUCCUCAAGUGGCUGGCCUUCCUCGCCGCAGUGUAUCUCUUGAUAUUGGACCGCACGAACUGGAAGACCAACAUGCUGACAGCUCUCUUGGUUCCUUACAUUUUCUUCACUCUGCCUAAUGUGCUGUUUUCUCUGAUCAGAGGAGAGGUGGGGAAAUGGAUUGCGAUUAUUGCUCUUAUUCUGCGCCUAUUUUUUCCGCGCCACUUCCCAGAUUGGUUAGAGCUUCCCGGUUCCAUCAUCCUGCUCACAGCAGUCGCCCCCAGUCUGUUCGCACACACCUUCAGGGAUGACCUCGUCGGUGUCUUCAUAUGCCUUGCGAUCGGAUGCUACCUGCUCCAAGAGCACAUCAGGGCGUCAGAUGGACUCAGGAACGCCUUCAGGAAGGGCAAUGGCGUGUCCAACUCCAUUGGCAUCCUCCUGCUCUUCAUCUACCCUGUCUGGACCGGGGUGCUGCAGAUCCUGUAGGCGCUGUUGCCUCCGUGUUCCCGUCUGCUGUCCAGGCGUCCAGCUCCGUUGCCGUUCGUCUCUUGUGCAAAUGUUUCUUCUAUGGUGAUCGUGGUUCUGUGCUAUCGGGAUGGGAUGUAGAUCGAGAUGUUGGCCAUAUUAUCAGGCGUGUAAACCCUUGCCGCUUCUGUUAAGUUGUCGCAAGUUUGAGGAUGGGUGUUUAUAGCAACUACUGUAUAUCAUUUGAUGUUAUUUCUGAAUAUGAUGUCAAGCGGUGACAAA